AUGAAAACCAUGAAGUCUCGUCGUUCUGGUGGCGCAGACCGCGGCGGUAUCCGAAAGCGGGGACCAACGCGCACCGACCGGGAUGGAGACAUGGACAUGGAUACAAGCGCCGCGCGUGGAGGGGCGAAGAGAGGCCGAGGUAACACUGGGCGGACCCCCGCAGGCCGAUCCGCGGGAUCUGGUCGGACGCAGACACGCGACAGGAACAUCGAUGCGAUCCAGAAGGCUAUCUCCAACUCCCAGGACUCGUUCAGCAUUCGAUCAGGCAAGAACACCAAUGCAGACAGACUGGAACAAUACAUCGUCCGUGGCUGGAAGAACAGCAAGGCAUCAUCCAGACGCGACCAUGGUGUUGACAGUCUCAUUGCAUACCUCGAACGACGAAUGAAUACACUCAAGUCAGGAUCUCGCGCAAAAAUCACCAAGUCGCGAGUUGAAGGUGACGCACUUAUUGUAUCUGUGAGACCGGACUUGGCAGACCCAAUGUCCAAAAUCAAUGGCAAUACCUUCGCUGGAGCUAAGAUUACCGUGGCCCCAUACGAUCCUUCCUCGACCGAGGCGCUUGAUCGCGAGAUAAGCGCUGCCAAUGGUCUCUCUCCGGAGACAGUGGACGUGAAAUCCAAGAUGACUGCGAUUCUCGCCAGACGAUACUUCCCUGAGACCAAACUUCUUGAUCUCUCCAAGCUGGGCACCGACACAGAUCUCCAGGCCAUGGGAAUGUUCAACCAAGCAUCAACAGAGUCUAAGUUUUUCCCGGCUCUGAUGAAGGUAUGGAAUAUGGGAUUCCCCGACGCAAAGCAGAGACGCGAGGCUGUGGAAAGCGUGAGCUUAGCGGACAACCAACUUGCCAACAUCAGCGUCGUGACCACCCUCGCUGUGACAAUUCCUGGCCUCAAGAACCUCGAUCUCUCCAACAAUAACUUCAAGGAUGCCCACUCAUUGAUCGGCUGGCGCUGGAAAUUCCGCGAUCUUGAAUUCCUGGACUUGACUGGAAACCCUUUCAGUACCGACGAAAGUUUCAAGAACACCAUGAUGAAGUGGUAUCCCAAACUGCAAACCCUGAACAACGUCCAGGUUCGCACGCCGGAAGAGGUGGCGGCCCAGAAGAAGACGCCCAUUCCUGUCCAGCCACCCCACUUCCAAGAUGAUUCUCAGAUCGCAGAAAACUUCAUUCGCGCGUUCUUCGCUGGCUACGAUAGCAAUCGAGCCGAACUUCUCAACAGCUUUUACGACGAUGGUUCGAGUUUCUCUAUCAACAUCAACACUAGCGCACCCAAAGCCGCCCAGGCCGAUACUGCCAGUUGGGAACCCUACCUCAAGAAGAGUCGGAACCUCCUGAAGAUCAGCCACCUCCCCGCACGAAUGUCACGCACCUACACUGGCAAGGUGAAGAUCGGUGAACUGUGGAGCACUCUACCGCCCACUCGCCACAGCGAUAUGGUUACUCACCCCGAGGAGUGCCUCGUGGAAUGCCACCCAGUCCCUGGACUUCCAGACCAAACUGGCCAGAGCGCGACUGGUGUCGGUGGACUCUUGGUUAUGAUUCACGGCAAGUUCGAGGAGAGUCUCGGCGGAAAAAUGGAGACACGCAGCUUUGAUCGAAGCUUCAUCAUUGGCCCUGGCAAUGGUCCCGGUGGCAUCCGAGUUAUCAACGACAUCCUCGCCCUUCGCGCUUACGGCGGACAUGAAGCUUGGAGCCCAGAGAGCCAAGCUAUCCCUCAGGCUAUCCCUCAGCCCAUCCCUCAGGCUAUCGCUGCUCCAGGUGCUGUGGCUCCUCCUACCGCCCCUGCCGCUAACCCGGCUGUACCCGUUGCCCCUCGACCCGGUUUCCCAGAGGGAUACGGUGCGCCUGGCCCUGGGAAGACCGAUACCCAAGUUCAGCAGGAACAGCUGAUUUUGCAGAUCAGUGCGAAGUCUGGUAUGACCAUCCAGUAUUCUGAAAUGGCUCUCUCCAGCAACGGAUGGAAUCUUGAGGCCGCAUGGAACAACUUUGAGCAGUUGAAGGCCCAGGGUUCUCUCCCCGCAGAUGCUUUCCUUCCUACAUCAUGA